AUGUCCCUGUACCGAGAAAACAUGCGACAUGUCUGGGAUGUUGUCGGGAUCCAAGGAGCUGUCGCCGAGCUCUGUUUCAAGUUUAUGCUAAAGGUCUUGACUUCUAACGGGCCUUUUGUGUUUACGGUCCACCCCAACACUGACUGGGUGGAAAAUCGUUCAAAGACGUUAUAUCGAACAUCACACAAUAUCAUUAGAAGAGAUACUGCGCACGUUUUGAGCUUGGGACAACGCAACAUUAUUCCUGUGGAUUAUGAUGAAGAGGAGAAGCUGGAAGGAAUCCUUUUGUCCAGUCUAUAA